AUGAGUUUCGGAGCCCCCGGCGGUGGGUCGGUGAACUACAAGCCAUCACCACCCGAGCGUGGUAGCUUUCCUCUUGAUCACGAAGGUGAAUGCAAGCAUAUUAUCUCGGGAUAUCUGAAGUGUAUCAAGAUGAACAAAGGCACCAACGACGAGGCCUGUCGCAAAUUGGCCAAGGAAUACCUUUCGUGCCGAAUGGACAAGAACCUCAUGGCACCGGAUAACUUCGAGAACCUCGGAUUAGUGUUUAAAGACGAGCCCCAAGCCACCAAAUGUCAUCGAUCGCCCGGCCACCAGACCCGUGCCUCGUGGCAAUCAUUCUCAUUGUGCGCUCUCGCACCGGCCCCCGCCUCGUCUUCCACUACCCCCCCGAACCCACUCAGCGAGAAUCGCAUCAAAACCACCACCAAGGGCGGCCGGCGCGUCUCGCGCAACCGCACACGAUCCAAGAAUACCGAUUCGAGCUCGAGCUCUGAGAGUGGCUUGAGCUCUGACGAAGACGAGGAUGAACGGGAAACCCAGAGCCAUGCUGGCGGGAGUUCUGUGCUAGCGGGUCGCCGCGCUAGCAACUUCGGCCUCGAUGAUCAUCUCCCCGCUGCUGCGUCGCCUGCUGCCGGUGAGCCCCAGCGUCCUGGGUCGCUAGGCUCCGGGCGCGGCUCGUCCGCUCGGAAACGGGCUGCGGCCACCGAUCAGGAUCCUGAGGACGAUGCAGGGACGGCGUCUGAUCGGCCUGAUGAUGGUCCUGGGAGCUCUAGGCCGCCUUGGGAGUCGCUUUUGGGUGUACCUGGGAGUGUGUGGGAGAAGUUGCUUAGUCCGUCCCGGUCAUGGCAUAAGCGGCGAUUUGAGGUUGGGAUCAAUGAUUUGGCGCUUAUUGGUUGGCCGGUCUUUGUGCGCGAGGAUGGGUCAUGGCGCAAGCAACGACGCAAGAAGCAGAAGAAGCCCCGUGCUGAAUGGGAUGGUGGGGAGUUGGGUCACAAUGAUAGUGCCGAGGAGGGCAAGAAGGACGAGCAACCUGUUACCUCGCCUGAUCUGGGUGCCAGUGUCGCUUCCAUUGCGGAAUCGUUGACAUCGCCGACAGAUACUAAGCGUGCGUCGGGCAGCGGAAGGCCUGGAAAACAGGAUGAGUCGCUUGACCCUGAGGACAAAGACCAUAUGACAAUGUUCAAUGUGGUGUUUGUUGUGGAUCCUCCUCUCCUGGAGUACUCCAUGCGCGUGAAGGAAAUUUAUGAGAAUAUCAUCAAAAAAUUUGCCAAGGCUCUUAAAUGGGAACAGGCUCGCACUGACUAUGUGUGGAAGGAGUCUCAAAAUAUCCUACAAAUGAGGAGAAGAGCACGAGAGACAAAAACAUCGACCAAUAAUCUUUACUCCGAAUUGAUAUCCCAGUCUUCUCUAGCUCGGGCUAUCUACACAGUCUACAGCAGCAUAUCGACAUCGAAAAUCGCAUCCGUAUCACUCAGCCCGGAUGUUUCCAUCUCGCUCCAAAUUCCACCUUUGACCUCUACUCCUGCAACCCCAGUCGACGAUCCAAGUGCGGAUGAAAACAACACGCCACAUCAGGUCCUGGCAAAGCACUUUGCCCUACUUCUUUUAGACAGCGAAGCCGCAAUUAUCAAGGAUGUUGAAGCGUCCGGGGGAGCACUUGCCCCUGCACUUACGCAUUAUAUCCGAUGCUCCAAGCCAACCAAGUCGUUUGCACAGAUAUCAGCAUCAUCGGGAAUCCCACUAUCCCAUAUCCAGAUGCUGUCAAGUCAUCUUGUGUACUGGCGUCGUGCUCGCGCCAUCCCUCCCAUACACCAGCGAGACACAUACAUCGUCUCCCCAAACUGUGACUUGAGCAAGCUUGAAAUAGCUACGAUCGCUUAUCAGACAGCAUUCCCAACGUACCCUAGUCUGCCAAAAAUGCUUUCCACUCUUAGUGGUACCCCUCGUCCUUAUAGCAACUUCAUCCCCAGCAAAGACCACAAAGAGAUAUACUUCACUAUCCUGGCCUGGCUACUGCGCGGCGGCUGGGUCACCCAGCUCCGCACUUUCGCGCGCAUCAAAGUCUCACCCGAGAUCAAAAUGGCUGUGGAGAUUGCACUGCGCAAGGAGGAAGUUGAGCGAUACCUGUCUAAGGGCAACCCGGACUCUAUCUCGGUCGAUGAGGACAGCGACUCAGACGAUGCAAAUGACGACACGCACUCUUCCUCAUCCUCUUCCCUCGACAGCCACGGCAGCGGGGAUGAAACUCCCACGGCCAGUCGACUCGACCCACACGCCCGACUGCGCUCUACCCACAAACUCCUCGAUCAAUCAACAGCUCUCCGGCUGUCCUCUUUCAUCCUCUCCCCGCACCGCGCAUCCCCACUCGAGUCCCGCUGGCUUGACGAAAUCUUCUCCCGAUUCCCCGACGAUCCCAGAACCACCCAGGGAGACGAAAACGUCAGUCCGGAUAUCGCGCCCAACGAUAGUCAGGCCCUACACAAGAAGUACUGGCCUGUCUUCCUCAAAUACUUCAACGGCUACGAUGCCAUGGAGAAGAUUCCCGUGCGCGAGAAUCUUAAGCGCAAGCUCGUCUGGCAGGUCCUUAUGCGCCUGGGCUUGACGACGGGUCCACUGGGCGCUAUGGAUCUCGAUACUCGUGAACAGGUGUUGGUCAGUGUUCGGCAUUGGUAG